AAGCCAGGCAGAAGAGCGCUGCACCCGCUUCCGUGUUUGUGUGAUCAGGGAGUGCACAGCCGGGGGAGUUUCACCGUUUCAUUCAUUUGUGAAGAGUAGCGCAAAGCAAGUGACCAGCAAGGAAAAUGUCACAUGAACUGAAACAUGUAUUUGCCAGUCUCCCUCAGAUGGAGAGGGGAGUUGCAAAAGUGAUUGGUGGCGAUCCGAAAGGCAACAACUUUGUGUAUACCAAUGGGAAGUGUGUCAUCAUCAGGAACAUCCAAAAUCCGGCUAUAGCCGACAUCUACACUGAACAUGCCCAUACGGUUACUGUGGCCAAAUAUUCGCCCAGUGGAUUCUACAUUGCAUCUGGAGAUGUAUCUGGAAAGAUCCGUAUCUGGGACACCACCCAGAAAGAGCACAUCCUCAAGUACGAGUACACCCCUCUCUCUGGCAAGGUCAAGGACAUUGCGUGGACCGAGGACAGCAAGAGGAUGGCUGUCGUUGGGGACGGCCGAGAGAAGUUUGGAUCCGUGUUCCUGUGGGACACUGGCUCCUCAGUCGGGGAUCUUUCCGGCCACUCCAAAUUGAUCAACAGUGUGGACAUAAAGCAGACGCGUCCUUACCGCCUGGUCACUGGCAGUGAUGACACGUGCGGGUCUUUCUUCAAGGGGCCUCCCUUCAAGUUCGAGUUCACAUUACAUGACCACAACCAGUUCGUCAACUGUGUUCGUUUCUCUCCAGAUGGAAAUCGGUUUGUCACAGCUGGUGCUGAUGGCCAGCUGUUCCUCCACGAUGGGAAGGAAGGGACACUUAUUUCCACACUGGGUGGAGAGAAGGCCCACAAAGGAGGAAUCUAUGCUGUCAGCUGGAGCCCUGACAGCUCCCAACUGAUCUCUGCCUCGGGGGACAAGACGGUGAAACUCUGGGAUGUCGGUGCAGGCACUGCCGUCACCACCUUCAACCUGGGCACUGAAGUGACAGACCAGCAGCUGGGCUGCCUGUGGCAGAAUGACCACCUCCUCACGAUCUCCUUGUCAGGGUACAUCAACUACUUGGACAAGAACAACCCCAACCGGCCCAUACGCACGAUCAAGGGUCACAGCAAAUCUAUCCAGUGUGUGACUGUCCACAAAAAGGAUGGACGACCAUACAUCUACUCGGGGAGUCACGAUGGACACAUCAAUUACUGGGAUGCUGAAACUGGGGAAAACGAUUGCUUCACCGGGAAGGGCCACAGCAACCAGGUGAGCCAGAUGGUGAUCGGCCAGGCCAGCGAGCUGGUAACGUGCAGCAUGGAUGAUACACUGCGCUACACCAACCUCAACAAGACAGAGUACAGUGCUUCUGAUGUGGUGAAGAUGGAUUUCCAGCCUAAAAGUGUGUCUGCAGCUUCAGGAGGGCUGUCAGUGGCUGUGUGCAUUGGGCAGAUUGUCUUGCUAAAGGAUAAGAAGAAAGUCUUUACAUUGGACAAUCUGGACUAUGAAGCCGAGGUGGGAGCUAUCCAUCCUGGGGGCACCGUUGCAGCGGUGGGAGGCGCAGAUGGGGACAUCCGUCUGUACUCGAUUCAGGGCAACACUCUGAAGGACGAGGGUCAGACUAUCAAGGCAACAGGCGCGGUCACAGCCAUGGCCUACUCUAACGAUGGAGCCUAUCUGGCUGUCAUCGAUGAUAAGAAAGUUGCCACUGCGUUCACCGUGGCUGACAGCUACUCGGUCAAAAAUGAGUUCUAUGGCCACCACGCCAAACCAGUGACUUUGGCAUGGUCACCUGACAACGAGCACUUUGCGACUGGUGGGAUGGACAUGAUGGUGUUCAUUUGGACCAUUUCUGAUCCAGACAAGAGGGUUAAGCUCUCAGACACUCAUCGGUUGCACCACGUUACUGGCCUGGCUUGGGUAGAUGAGCACACUCUGGUCACCACCUCCCAUGAUGCCAGCAUUAAGCAGUGGACGAUUACAUACUGAGCUGGAAGCAGACAAACCUCCGCUUCUCCAGGGACAAGGACUACUGUAGAAUUCAAUCUUUGCUUUUACUGUUUGCUGUAAACAUCUGAGAUUGUAAACGGUUGAAUGGGGAAAGCUCCUAUAAAAAUGAUUCGAGAUAUGUCUCUUUGAUGUGAAUAACCUCAACUUACCACAUAAACCGAUUGUUGAAAUAUCGGACGUAACAAUGAGUACUUUUACAUCUCUGAGCAAUGUGGACCCACAAUAUUUGUAAGCUCAACAUUCCAUAGGUAAUUGCUUUCACGCCACUUAAACUAAAAUCUUUAGGCUCAAUGCAUCUGAACUAAAUGUACCAACUUUUUUUUUUUUCAAUCAAGUUAUGUUGGAAAGAAAUUAAACCUUAUUUGGUUGCAUUACUGAAAUGAAUAGUAGAUGAUCCAAGCAAUAGUUGCCUGACACCUCAGUUUUCAUGGUGUAAGGGGAUGGGUGUGUUUUUGCUUUGUGUAAGGUUUUAUACUUUGUAUGUAUCACAUCUCUUCCUGCUGAGCUGGGGCGUGUUAAUGGGUACGUGGACAACCAAGGCGCUCUGUCAGUUCGGUUGAAGGUUCCUUGUUGCUGUGCUUUUUCUUUGGGCCCACUAUGCUUGUCUGCACUUGUCAUGUACUCAUGUGUAUGCAUUUUCUUCCAAGAUGGAAGUGGUCAAUAAAACAUUUUUAUGCAUCUUCCCUUUCA